AUGUCGUCUUCGUUGAGGGCUCCUGAACCUUUUUCUUUCGGGGCCAGUGAUUUGGCGGCCCAGUGGGGUAUUUGGCGUAAACAGUUUUCGUGGUAUUUGGUGGCUACAAAUAGCGGCCUUAACGUGGAUGAAGAGCAAAUGGUGGGCGUGCUCAUCACUCUUCUUGGCAGUGAGGGCCUCAAAAUUUACGAAACUUUUGUGUUCAAUCCAGCCACCGAUGCCAUUAAAAUUGCGCCGGUGUUAGACAAAUUCACUGCCCAUUUUGAGCCCCGACGUAGUGAAGUUUUCGAGCGUUUUAAAUUCCUGCGUCGUCAUCAACUCCCUGGUGAAACUUUUGAUGCGUGGUUGAUUGAUCUUCGUGGUCUCGUGAACUCAUGUGGCUAUGGUACUGGUGUUGAUUCGGUCUUACGGGACCAGAUAGUACUCGGUGUGGCUGAUCCUUAUGUCCGUGAAAAGCUGUUGUACGAAAAAGAUUUGCUGCUCGCCACUGCGUGUGAAAUUGUGCGUGCAUGUGAGUCAUCGAAAGCCCAGCUCAGCCAAAUCAACACACCGUCGACAGCAGAAGCCGCUCACGCCAUUCAGAGUCAACCUGGUGGCCGGAAGGUUGAGAGAAAGCCGGAUUCAUCAUUCAGAGCUCAGCAUGAGCAGCAGCCGUCCGCUAAUCAACACUCAGCCCAGCAGUAUCCCAAGUGUAAAGAUUGCGGUCGUUCCCAUAGAAAAAAUCAGUGUCGGGUCACCAAUGUUACGUGUUUUAAUUGCAACGUGGUCGGCCAUGUAUCUAGUUGCUGUCCGAAUCCACCCAAGCCCCGCCAGAUGUCGUCACGUCAAGCACCAAGCCCCGCGGCCAAAGUUCAUGCUGUGGAGGAGGAGACGCACUGGAUUGGUGAUGUCGAUCGUGGCGGUACGGCGAUGGCCCUCCCGCGGUCGGUUGAAGAAAGUUACUACGUCUCUCAUGCCCUAACGUCAUCUGGUGGUGAAUCUGAGUGGCGCCAAGAAGUGACAGUAGAUGGCGUUAAAGUUAACUUCAAGCUUGAUUCGGGCGCCACAUGCAACAUUCUGCCGUAUGAGUCAUUUUCUCGGCUGCCCAAACCACGCCGCUGUCUUCGCCCUGGGCCCAUUGUUCGCAGUUAUAGUUCACAAGAUGGCCUCUUACGCGUGCUCGGAUUGCACACAGCCAAGGUGGUUCACAGAGGCGCUUUAUUUGUCAUCGACUUUGUCGUAGUUGACGAGCCUGGCCAGCCACCCCUUCUAGGACUCCCGUCUUGCGACAAGCUGAACUUGAUUCGGCGAGUCGAUGCUGUUCAGUCGCCAGUAGAAGCUCCGCUGCCGCCAAUCGUCGUGGAAUUUAUGGACGUCUUCGAAGGAUUAGGUAAAUUACCUGUCGAACACGACAUUAGGCUGCUGUCGGGUGCUAAUCGCGUGGAUCCUGUUGUGUGUGCAGCCAGUCGACUUCCGUUCCGGCUGGAGGAUCGCGUUUUCAAGAAAUUGGACGAAAUGGUCAACGACAAAAUCCUCACCCCCGUGCAAGAGCCAACUGAGUGGGUCAGCCGAAUGAUGGUAGUGGGAAAGCCGGACGGUGAUGUCCGUAUUUGUCUGGACCCGUUUGAGCUCAACAAGGCUAUUCAACGUCAACAUUUUGCCGUCCCCACCAUUGAGCAGCUGUUCAGCAAGUUGGGUAAGGCUCGAUAUUUUUGCAGCCUUGAUGCUGCGUCUGGUUUCUAUCAGAUUCCUUUGUCUGAUGCAGCGUCCUAUUUGUGCACAAUGGCCACUCCGAAAGGCCGUUAUCGCUUCCUCCGGCUGCCGUUUGGAUUGAAGUCAGCCCCUGAAAUUUAUCUUCAGACGAUGAACGACUUGUUUGGAGACCUGUCCGGCGUACUCAUCUACUUUGAUGAUUUCCUUGUAACGGGUGAAACGGAGGAGGAACUUCUAGCCAACCUUCGUCAAGUGUUUGAGCUCCCGUGGCUAGGCCAUGUCAUUGGCCAGGGAAUUUUAAAGCCGGACCCUCUCAAGAUUUCGGCAAUUGUGGAAAUGCCUGAUCCAACUUGUCCGGCAGAUCUCGUCCGUCUCCUGGGCAUGGUGACAUACCUGGACAAAUUCUGCCAAAAUCUCGCGGGUCUGACACGACCCUUACGUGACUUGCUCAAAGCAGACGCAGCGUGGGUGUGGGAAGAGCCCCAGAAGAUGGCCCUUGGUCAGCUAAAAAGUGCAUUUUCGUCUCUUCCAGUGCUACGACUGUUUGACCACUCACUGCCCUUGGUUGUGUCCGUUGAUGCGUCUCCCGUCGGCAUCGGUGCAGUGUUGCUUCAAAAUAACCAACCGAUCGCGUACUCGUCAACGUCGUUAACCGAUACUCAAAAACGGUACUUUCAGAUCGAAAAGGAGCUGUUGGCGGUCCAGUUUGGACUCAUGCGCUUCCGGCAGUACGUCUAUGGCCAAAUGGUGGUGGUUGAAACCGAUCACAAGCCGUUGGUUGGCCUCCUGGAGAAGCCCAUUGCGUCUUGUUCCCCGAGAAUCCAGCGGAUGCGUCUUCAACUCCAGCGAUUUGAUUUCCAGCUCGUCUACAAGCCGGGCAAGGAGCUGUUUAUCGCCGACACGCUUAGUCGGGCUCCGUCGCCCCGCCUCUUUACCGAUGACGUCACUCAAGACUGUGAGGAGCAGGUUCACGCUGUUCUUGACCUGAUAAUUCCUCAUGAUUCAACUCGUGUCAAGUUUGCUGCAGCAACAAUGGCAGACCCGACUCUCCGUCUCCUGAAAGAAGUCCUUCGGCGUGGAUGGCCUGAUCACAAGGCCCAGUGUCCGGUGGCCGUUAAGCCGUUCUGGCCAGUACGCCACCACUUGUCUGAAGCUGAUGGUCUGCUACUCAAUGGCAGCCGGUUGGUGGUUCCGAUUUCGCUUCGGCAGGAAGUGUUGGCCGGAAUACACGACGGCCAUUUUGGAGAGGUGAAGUGCAUCUUACGGGUCAAAUCGGCCGUUUAUUGGCCCGGGUGUGACGAGCAAAUUCGCAACAUGGUGGCCAGCUGUUCGACCUGCCAAACGCAUCGCCAUCGAAACCCAGCGCAGCCUCUUCGUCCAGUGCCGUUGCCGGUUCAUGCAUUUCAGUGGGUGUCGGCUGACAUUUUUCUACAUGGUGGCGUCAACUACCUCCUGAUUGUUGACGCAUAUAGCAAGUGGCCGGCAUGCGUUCCGUUGCGCAGUUUAUCGUCGUCGUCCGUCGUCGCCGAAAUGGACCGCAUAUUUAGUGACUUUGGCGUUCCGGAAAUUGUCAUGUCCGACAAUGGCUCUCAGUUCGAUUGCGCCGAAUUUCGAGAGUUCUGCGAGGGCCGUGCAGUUCGGUCAGUGACGUCCAGCCCAACCUACGCACAGUCCAAUGGUCUGGUGGAGCGCCACAUACAGACAGUAAAAAAGACGCUCCUAAAAAUGUUUACGGAUGGCCGGUCUCUGUGGGAGGCCUUGGCGGCCAUUCGGUCAACUCCAAUAUCGUCGGACCUGCCGUCUCCGGCAGUGUUAUUGCAGGGACGCCACCUUCGUGGCAGCUUGCCGUUUCUGCAGGAUCGUCUGGUUCCACAAUUUGUAUCUGCCAAGUUCGUUCACGGCCAGCUCCAGCGUCGUCAGGCUACGGCUUGUUUUACUCACGGCGGUCGUCCGGAUGUUCGUGGGUCGGCGCUCAUUAUCGGUCAACGUGUCCGGGCGUUCGUCUCUGGAUUGUGGUUACCAGGUGCCGUCGAAGCUGUAUGCAGCGAACCGGACUCAUAUGUCGUUCGGUUGGCGGAUGGGCGAGCUUUUCGUCGGACGCGCCGCGAUAUAAAUCUUGACAACUCGCCGUCGGCAGGAUUGGCCGUGGGUCAACAGAGUGGUGGUGCUGCUGUAAUCCCGUCUGCUGUUCGCGGUUAUCGCCCCGCCCCUGCUAAUCAUCUGCUGCCGGCCCUGUCUUGGUCUCCGCCUGGUCUGCCUGCCCGCGCUGUGACUGUUCCAGUUGCCCAUCCAGUUGCCCAGCCGCUUCCGGCAGCCCUGGGUCAACCGUCAAUGAUACCACAGCCUCCGCCAAUCGUUGUCAACCCGGCGCCCGGCCCGGCAACUCCUGCAAGGCCACGUGCGGCGCCCGUCUCAACCGACAAGCGCGCUACCGUCCAGCUGCCCUCUGUCCAGCCCCCCCCCUGA